GUUGACGUUCCCAGUUGAAGAUCUCACGAUACAAGCAUGUCAGGAUGCAUCGAAAAGGGAAACGCGUCGGAGCGGAAGGCGAGGCGCCAUCUCCCAUAAAUGGCAGGGAGUCUGUGGGUCGAUGCCCUUGGGGGGUCUGCUGGUCUGUCCAGGCGCAAAGAAUGCCGUGGUAUCAUCGCUUUGGGCUCUUGGUUGAUCGGGGAAUGAAGAUGAGACCUUCGGAAUGGCGCAAAGAAAGGUGAGACAUUGGCUAUCUAGUCGGCCCCCAAAGUCGCGAACAGUGUCUACCGCGAAAGGGGGGGCCAUGACAUGGUCGUCGGGGAUACAUACGAAGUUCUCUACCCAAGGAUUUGGCUCUCUGGACUUGGUUAUCAUGUGUUUUGAUUACCUGUCAUCUUCGUCACUAAACGAAAAAGAAUUACCGGAGUGCGCAGUGAUACGAAAAUCGAUGCGCGUACCAAGAGUGGACCCGUGUCGACUGUCGAACACACAUUCCAAGGGCACUGCAUUCAAUCGCGUGCACAGUGAUGGGCUGCGUGCGAAGGGGGGGGUCCAGUCCAGUGCUCCAGCAACCACAAGGCCGAUGACAAGCACCAGUCAAAAGGACACGAUCUGGCCGAGAACGAUCGAGUCACGGUGUUCCAUGGCAAAGCUCAAGCGACCAAGACCAUGGUUUGCAAAUCCGGAUGGCCGUCCCAGCACUGGGGCCGGCAGCAAAUUUCACAUGAGCUUUUCGUCCUCGUGCUCCUCUUCGUGUCCGUGUUCCCAGUACUUGAGCUUGUCAACGUUACCGCAGACUAGUGAUUAUGAUUACCGGUCAAUAGGUAUAGCCCACACCUGCGACUUCCUCCAUUGUGUAGAAAAUCAAAAAAGACAGUAGCAGAGGACUGGAUACUGAGCCAUGGUCAAGUGCUUGCCAUGCAGUUUUACAGGAUAAUCGUGAAUGGGUCGUCUUUCACCAAUUUCCCUGUGUUUCCUGCCUGCACAGCGGCAUUGAUCAUGACACUGCCGUUCGGCCUGACACCGCCCAGCAUGAGCCACUGCCACAAGAGAGCCUUGACGUUCAGCAACAGAAAGCGAAGUGCAUCAAUCCAGGCCAUAGAAGGGAUCAUGUCGUAGAUCGGACCGUGAGCCUGCCGCCCCAUGAACUUUUCGUACGCUCUUU